CAACAGCCCGAAUCGAAGAGAAAAUCGGUGUUUCCCUACGGAAAAACUUUAGAAAUUCCCUAGAAGUGUCUGAACGCUUGACGAGAAUAUUUAGGUCAUCGCUUUGUCUACUCAUCAAAACCAGUUCCAGGAAGUUCCCAACUUGUGACUCCGAAAAUCUCAGCAGACGCAUUGCUUUGGGCAGCCCAGCACACUUGCACCUUGAUAGCUCUUAUUUAUCUCUCUCUGAAAAAUUAGAAACCGAUUGAAGCAUCAUCUGCAAAAUUAGAACAAUCCCUAUUGCAUCAAGAGUUUACGUUGUCGGAGUCAAAUUAAUUAGAUUGUACCUUCACUUGUUGGAAUUCGACUUUGCCAUCCAAAGCGAUCAAUUCCUAUUGCAUUAAGAGUUUACGUUCUCGGAUUCGAAUCAAUUAGAUUGCACCUUCACUACUUAGUUGGAAUUCGACUUUGCCAUCCAAAGCGAUCAAUUAGCAUUUUCAUUCAAAUUAGGAAACCUCCUUGUUCCAGUUGUACAAUUAGUUCCAGUAAAGUAGUUCGUUUUGCAACAAGCAAAGCUGCAGCAAUUCUCCAGAUAGAUUUGCUAAGCAAUCCUUUCAUUGUCCGCUUGAAGUGAACGUGAUAUUGAUUAGCUUUUGCUUUCUAGGUGACAGCACCGCCUCCGAUAUAGAAAAUAUUUCAAUGAUGGCGCUUUUUUUGCAAGCAGUCGUGUUCGCCACCACGGUGAGUCUGCCUGUUGAAGGCAGUCGCCAGGGUAGCCGCCGACCCCCUGCAAUCGAGACGGGCGACAGCCCGGAAGAUGUUGACAUCCCCAUGUCCCGCACGCCAACGCCGCUGGGAAGCAGGAGCGUGAAAGAGAAGAUUGACUGGCGGCAAUAUUUGGUCACGCGGUUGCCCAGCAGCAGCACCUCGCCAGCGAAUGGUGUGCUGAGCGCCGGUAGCUCUGGCAGUUCUGGCUCUGUGGUGUCCCCCGCCAUUUUGGUACACAGAGACUCGAGCAGGACCACCCCGCGGGCUGAAAAAGAAAAGCCUCAGCCCAUCAACGGACACGAGCACUGGGCGUAUCAGCUCCUGAUUUCGGACGCCGUCCGGUAUGCUGAGGGCCAGGGCGACGAGGAAAAGGGAAAGAUGGUGCGCGAGCUCGCGUACUCCGGUCUUCGCUACUUUGCUGGCCGGUCCUUCGAGGAAUACUCCCGGGAGCACAUGGACCCAAGCCUGCGGGUGAAAAUGGCGCAAGAGGCCGGCGGGCUUCCGCCGCUGCUGAAGCUCUCGAAGGUUUUGAAAAACUAUGAUGCGCUGGCAGCAGGACUGAGACACAUCGCGACAGCCGCCGCCGGGACGGGCAUCGCGGGCAAGCUCGCACCCGCGAAGGACGGAGUGGAGAGACAGCUGUUGACGUUGCGAAAGCAGUUUGCCCAGGUCUUCCAGGGGGUCGUCGUGCACGAAGAUGCUGCCAGGCCGCCGGUGGACGAAGAUUACUAUCCGCAAACGGCGGAUCCGGAUCCCCGGACGGACCUGGACGCCUGGAGGCUGUGGCGCGACUCGUGGCGGACGUUUUCCACGAGGGAGCCCACGACGCGUCCCUGGCUCGAUAACGGUUCGGUCUUCGACGACGGGGACGGGCCGGCCACGCUCCCGGAUGGGACCACGCCGAUCUCCCCGCGACGAAGUGUGUACAUGGCGCUUCGGGAUCUAGACAGAGUGCAUACUAUGGCACAAGCUACACUGGCGGAGAAGUUGCACUACAACGCGGACACGCUGGCGUUGACCUGGCUCUUGGAAGACGUGCUGAAAGGCAUCGGGGAGCGCGAAGAGCGCGAGAGGGCCCUGCUUGGAGUCGAGUCGCCAAAGGGAACCGGCACACGCGAAGGACAUUACGUGCAAACGGAGCUGCGGUCACAGGCGGAGCAGCUCGAGGAGGAGGGCUUUCUUCCGAACUUUUUGGCGUGGCUGCGGCAGGUGUUGAUUCCCAAGCUGGGGAACCUGGCGGACGCGACCCUGACCGCGCAACAGGCUGAGCGGGUGCGGGCAUUCAACAAAAGCCUGCUAAACACGUCCGAGGAUAAGGGCCUCGUCGGAGGACUUCUAGGUCUGGUCGGUGGAAGUCAAGCGACGGGUCUGGCGACAGUCAUCCGAGAGCUGUACUCGCCACCGGAAAUCUUGUCCACACAAGUGCCUCAUAACGAGUCUCUGGACGAUGCGCGCGCGACUUUGCAAAAGUUCUUGCGUACUAGUUCUCAAAUGCAUUACACUCCGGCCUUGCAAGUCUGGAAUCGGAACUGGCGUCGCUUUGCGAGGUCGAAACACUGUCGCCGAGUCUCCAUGACUAGCGAAGUAAAUCCGAAGCUUGGCUUCUCCGACGAUUUUGAACAUGAUAGGCGAGCUACUACGCGAAACCACGACCAGCGCAGGUAUCUGCAGAACCUGAUCCUACAAAUUCAGGAAGCGGAUCACACACCAACGCCACAGGAGACCGACAACGUGAUGCAAAUGUUUCUGGAAAUGUGGUGGGGGUCCAAGUUUGGAAGUGACAAACAAGACGUCGGGCAGUGGGCGUUGAGCAAGGAAGUCAAGCUGGGAUACUGUCAUUUCGCGGGCUGGCGCGCGGAGCACGAUGAGCGAAGCACGGCAAGACAGGACGCGGCGGUCAAAGCGCUGUCUGGCGUGGUGGAGCUACCGACAGAGCUGACCACCGCGUUGGCAAACGCGCAGUGGGAGCGACAGGCGAGUGUUUCCGAACACGACCUGCUCGUCCUUCGUCCGGUGAAGGAAAAAAUCCUCGAGCUCUACGCAAGCACCACUGGCUUCUUGCAAGAUUGGCUGUCCGACCGGGCACACAUCGCGAUGGCGCGCCGCUUCAAGCAGCACACCCGCGAUGAGUCUCCAAAACCCUCCCCGAUCAAGCCGGCGGCCUACGGUGGGCGCGAACCUUCCUUGGAUUCGUGCGCAUCUUCAGCCUCCAGCCGACGACCGUCGAGCCGCUUCCGGAAGUGGGGCAGCGCGAAAUGCAAGGAAAACAGAACUGCCAACACCUCGCGGGGCGCCCACAGUCACAGCCGGGAGCUUGUGGCACCGGUGUCGUCCGUUGCGCCCCAGACCAGCAGUAGGAGGUACAGCGGAAGUGUGUGGGGCAGCAUGGUGUUGGGCUACAUGUAUGUUGCUUCGCGUCCAGGCGAUAUCACCAGUUUGGGUGGGUCGGAACUGCAGAAGCUGCUAGUUAAAGGUUUCUACACCUCGGAGCACCGGGCGGUUCCACAGAAACACCGGAACUCCGGUCCGACCGUGUUACUCACGGUCAGGCGUCAGACCGCCUGCGGCGCCGAUGUCAGGUGGGCGGUUGACGUGAGAAACCAUCUAACGAACUAUCCGCAGACGUUUUCCGGUUUGGAUAUAACCAGCGGGCUGAACGAAAUCGUGCAAAACCACCAGGACGACGAUCCAAGGAACACGUGCGAUAUCGCCGGAAUGCGUGCGGUUUUUUCGUUGAUCCAGCAGAUUGUCCAGAAUACGAGGCUCGAUCCAACAGACGAGACAACGCCAUUAUACUACACCCCCGCGAAUCCGUUUGUCUUCCGCGUGCACAUGUGGGAGGGGGUCACGGGCGGCAGCUUGAAUCUACAGAGAAAACUCGCAGAUGAGCAGUUUUAUGCGAAUUUGUCGAGCGUUCUGGCCGAGCAAGCAGCAGACGGUUUUCCCUUCCAGCAAGUGCAAUUUCAGGUGGGUCAUACAGCGAAUGUGGCACAGGAGCAUUUUGCGCAGCCGGUGCAGGAAGACGUGGCUACGCAGGAGGAACUGGAGCAGGAGGAAAUUACUCGAGAGCUGCGUUUGGCACGUGCGCAGUCACAGUAUCUCGGCUGGGCCCUGAUCUCUCAACCGUGGGCCAGUGUGGUUUUCAACGCAAACUUGUACUCGAAUCUGCUGCUGCAGAGCGGAUACGACGUUUUCACGCACCUGCUGGCCCUGGCUGACGUGUUGCGCCGGUGCCAACAAGACGGCCACACAACCUGCCGGUUUUCCCUUGGCGCCGAUGGUAUCGGCGUUCUGGGAACGCUCCAGCCAGGGACGAGAGAUGAUGGGCCCCGCUCGGCCUGGGACGCAACCCGACGACUGCAGCACGCACUUGGGACGAAGUUCUUCCCCGUGGCAAUGAUGCAGCUGCCAGAAGAAAACAGUGUGGGCUCAGCGGCGAAUACUCCAAACGGGCACGGAGGCUUUACAGCGGGGACGCCACGCAGUGCCAGAAAGGGCACGCCGUCGGGUGCAAAUUCAGGAAAGGGCCCGAUGACCCCAAAGAGCGGUGCCACGCCGCCCAGCUCCGGGCCGGCGUCCGGCAGCAGCAGGGGAGAUGUAGCUGGCCUCCCCCCUGCGUUUCGAGCGAUGUCUUUAGAGGAAUAUAACCGGAACAAACGGACACAGCGGGGUCACGCCAUUGAACGGUGGGAGAGAGCCAGGAGCGUGGGUUUUAGUCCGAUGGGAGACUCAGGCGCCGCGGUGCCUUCGCAAUCUCCUCAAUUAUUAACCCCAAUUCAAAGCGAGCCGGGCAGUCCCCCAUCCAAUCGGAAAAGUCGGGGGUCCGCCAGCAGAAGAGGGGAGCGCUCUUCGAGCCUGCGACGAGUUGUUGCCCGCGAUGAUCACCGACCGCGCCCUGAUCCUCGAAGACCGGAAGUGGGGGAUUCAGUCGUAAGAGGAAACCUUUUUUAACGUUUGGCUCCGUUAUCGCGUCCUAGUUUUUACUUGCAGUGUUUUUCUCAUACUGGCACCGACCUCUUUGUCAGAUAGCGAGAGCGUAUUACAAGAACACUGAAAGUCUUCUACAGUAUAGACCCCGCAGCUGGGUGCAUCAUCAUCAUCAUGAUCAUCAUCGCAGCGCAGCAGUGCUGCGGUCGUUUUUACCGAUUUUUGCUUUACCUUGCUUCGCUUUGAUGUCGCUCAGUUGAUUCACGACUAAGUAUGGACACAGGAAAUAAAAGCUGAUUGUAGGCCGCCAUCACAUUGUGGUUGUGCAAGGGCUGUUGCAUGCACGUAUUUUAUUCUGUUGCAUUAUCUAUCACUACGUAAUUAAUAAGUAUCUCGUGGCCAAGGCGCCCUUCUUCUCUGAUUGUGGUCUAUUCAAUUAAUUUUAACCCCAGGCGAUGGUUUUUGUUUUUGUAAGAUAGUCGCGGUGACGAGUAGGGGCUGCGGGCUGCAGUUGCCUGUUUGAAGAUUCUGUCAUUGCGAGAACAAAGAAGGCAAUACUUACAUUUUUUCAGGAUCGUCCCGAAAAAGGCAGUGCUGCUUGAGUGUAUAAUGGAAGUCGCUGACUCUUGGACACAAGGUUUGUCGGCGAUGUACAAUGAUUUACGGAUAUGCUGGUCGACAGAUGAGUCGCUUGCAUAGCAGAGCCCCUUCGAGUCUCAAGAAAGGGAUUUAGAAAGAGAGACCUCCCCCCGUGCUAACACACACAUAGAAAGAUAGAUUGAAGGAUAACAAGGUUGAAAUGCAAGAACUCCUUUUUUCUAGGAAUCCCGAUCCCCUCAUAAUUGUUAUUACUUGUGGUUGCACAGUUGGCUUGGAAUUUAGGACAAAUCGGUCGGGCGCGACCUGGCGAACAGACCACAGUAUUCUUCACAUCUAGAACUUAGCCCCAGAAGCGAAGAAUCUCAGCCUUAAGACAGGCACUCGCAUUGAUUAUCAGACUGACCCACGAAAGGCAUGACUCACGACACGGGCUUUCAGCGGCGACGUUUCCUGAAGUUUCCUCCUCGCUCCCCGUUAAUGCUGCGAACGUUAAGUGUUCAUCAAGCCGCCAGAAAUAAGCGGCUUUGAGGCGGAACUAGAACCAGCAGAGAAAUGACGUACUCACGCAACAAAGAUCACAAAUCCCGGUGCUGGAUUCAUUCGCGCAGAAGUGCGCCCGUCAGGCACGUAUCAGAGGAUCUUCGAACUAGCAUGACGCAUACAGAACCGGAGAGCGACCUUCCAAAGGCACUCCGUCCCAAAUAAAAAUGAGAGAGUGCCGUCCUUUUAAAUGCGUAUUUCGGCCACUAGAGCCGACCAAGAGAGUUGUGGUAGACACGUGGGGUUUAUCAAGCCUCCUACUCUAGCCACACAAUUGCGAUUCUAUCUACAUCAAUGUAGUUCAUCUCCUGACCCUCUGCUGUCCACCUGGGAAUCGGC